CACAAUAACCAAACAGCCCAACCAUUAAAGCCCGUCGCAUUCGCAUCAAAAAAGGGCAUUGGGCAUAGCAUUCACUACAGGAUUACACUCGCUACAUUGCAAACUAUUACUUAACUAUGUCUGACAUCACAGACAAUUACAUUGAGUUCAUCAAGGAAAAGCUCUACCUUGCUUCCUUUGAUGUUCUGCCCACGGGCGCAUAUGCUCCGAACUUGCAUUACUUCACUGUCGACAAGGCUUUGCUGUACAACGCUUUCCACCACGACUUUGGACCGUUCCAUUUGGGUCACCUGUACCGCUUCGCAUGCUUGUUGCACGAUAUCCUCCAGGAUGAGGAGACUAAGGAUAAGAUUUUGGUGCUCUAUUCCGGAGCUGACCCUCGCGCACGAGCGAAUUCUGCUUUCUUGAUCACUGCAUACAUGGUCAUCAUCCAGAACUGGCCACCGCAUCUUGUCCUCCAGCCCCUUGCUGAGUCCGCAACUCCUUUCGCUUGCUUCCGCGAUGCUGGUUACUCCAAGUCAGACUUCAUGCUCUCCAUCCAAGACUGUAUUUACGGUCUCUGGCGCGCCAAGGAGGCUGGUUUGAUCGACAUUGAGAACUUCGAUCUGGACGAGUACGAGCGUCAUGAGAGGGUGGAGUACGGUGACUUCAACUGGGUGUCCCCCAAGUUUGUCGCUUUUGCAUCACCCAUACAGCCUGGGUAUGCUGCAGGACGCGCUGUGAGAGGAAGCGCUGAUCAGAGAACCUUCAACAUUGUGUUGGACUAUUUUGAGAACCAUGAGGUUGGUUUGGUUGUGAGACUGAACAAGCCGUUGUACGACAAGCGUGAGUUCGAAGACCGAGGGAUCGCGCACGUUGACAUGUACUUUGAUGACGGAACUGUGCCCGAACUCGACAUGGUCAAGAAGUUCCUUAUCUUGGCGGAGGAGAUGAUUUCGAAUGACAAAAAGAUUGCCGUACACUGCAAGGCCGGACUUGGCCGUACCGGAUGUCUUAUCGGUGCUUACUUGAUCUACAAGUACGCCUUUACUGCGAAUGAGGUUAUUGCAUACAUGCGUGUUUGCCGACCAGGAAUGGUUGUGGGUCCCCAACAGCACUGGCUACACAUCAACCAGCACCACUUCCGCGCAUGGCACUACCUUGGUCUGGAACCGAAGAAGGCGGUCUCCAAGGCGGCAAUCAAGGGCUUUGCUACUCCCCCGCGUAACCCUCUGUCCGAUCUGAACGGGACCGAGAACGCACCACCGGCUCGUGUCGAUAACACCCCUUUGCCUGCACCAACACCUGGUCAGCCAAGGAAGUACACCGCACGAGGAACGGCCGGACGUAUUCCUUCGAGUAUCACAUCUCAACUCAUGGAGGCUGCUAAAGAGGAAGAAGAGCGUGAGGCAAUCGAGAAUGACAAGGAUGCUGUCACCUCUAGCCGAUCGCCAGUAAGAAGACGAGUAGCGAGCGCAUAUGCUGGGGUGGGUAUGGGUGAUUCGCCAGUAAGGAGAGAAUCGAGACGGACGAGUGCAGAAACGCCCAGGCGGGUCAGUGCGGGCCGUGUGACCAAGCCUUCAACUACGAGUACGACGAUGGCGUUGAGAGGACGUGGACGGGUAUGAGAUACGACAUUUUGAGUUGGACUGGCAGGAUGCUUGUACGAUAGAUGAGGUUCUGUCGGCUCUUGUUUAUAUUUGGUUGUUGAAAGGGAGUUCAUGGGUUGGAUCGUGGGUUUGGGGGUACGGGACUUUUUCAGUUCAUCUUUCGCAUUUUUAGAGGCUAUACCAGAAUCGCAAAAUCCUAAUGAUCGUUGUUGUCAGCUUG